AUGGCUCGUGCCCUCACGCCUGGAGUUGUGGCUUUGCAAGCGCCAAGGCCUCUUGGGCUUCAGCCAUCAGAGUCGGAUAGCACUAGUGCUUCGAAAUGGAAGAAAAUUGCCAAAGAAAAGAAAACGGAGGUCGCUGACAAACGUUACAUUCAUCGGACGAUCAAAAUCGUGCCUCUGAAGCAAGGAUACACCCUCUUCGUCUUGCAGCUUGACAGAAAACAGGAGGGAGGUGGCUGGAGUGUGUGGAGAAUGUACACUUGCACCCGAUUUGGGUGGGAAGAUACCCGAUCGGCUGACAGCUUCGUUCCCCCACCCACUGAUAUCCGGUUUGAGAAGGUCAAGGUCAGCUGGGUGAUCCUGGGGAGCCAGAAAGAGGAAUGGGGCUGCUGA